CGGCGGCGGCAGAGGCGGCGGCUCCAGCUCCGGCUCCCGGUUGGGCUCCGGCUUCAGCUUGGGUGGCGGUGGCGGGAGCGGGACUAGGUGGCGGCGGCGACAGAGGAGAGGGAGCAGCGGCCCCAGCGGCCCCAGCGGCCUGGGGGAAGACAUGCGGACCGACGGCCCCUGGAUAGACGGAAGGAGCAGAAGCCCCGGUGCCCUGCCCCCGGUGCUGACUGUCCAGCAAGAGUGACAGACGUGAGGAAAGACCCGGUCUGAUUGUCCUGGGCUGUGGCUGUGUGGUGCUGGAGCCCUGGAUGGCCCCUGAGCCAGCCCCAGGGAGGACGAUGGUGCCCCUUGUGCCCGCACUCGUGGUGCUUGGUUUGGUGGUGGGCACCCAUGGCGACAGCAAACCUGUCUUCAUUAAGGUCCCUGAGGACCAGACUGGGCUGUCGGGAGGCGUGGCCUCCUUCGUGUGCCAAGCCACAGGGGAACCCAAGCCACGCAUCACAUGGAUGAAGAAGGGGAAGAAAGUCAGCUCCCAGCGCUUCGAGGUAAUCGAGUUUGACGAUGGGGCAGGGUCAGUGCUGCGGAUCCAGCCGUUGCGGGUGCAGCGAGAUGAAGCCAUCUAUGAGUGCACGGCCACCAAUAGUCUGGGAGAGAUCAACACUAGCGCCAAGCUCUCAGUUCUCGAAGAAGAACAGCUGCCCCUCGGGUUCCCCUCCAUCGACAUGGGGCCUCAGCUGAAGGUGGUGGAGAAGGCGCGCACAGCCACCAUGCUGUGUGCAGCAGGAGGGAACCCAGACCCUGAGAUCUCUUGGUUCAAGGACUUCCUCCCCGUGGACCCAGCCACCAGCAACGGUCGCAUCAAGCAGCUGCGUUCAGGUGCCUUGCAGAUUGAGAGCAGCGAGGAGUCGGACCAAGGCAAGUACGAGUGUGUGGCGACCAACUCGGCAGGCACACGCUACUCAGCUCCUGCAAACCUGUAUGUACGAGUGCGCCGCGUGGCUCCUCGGUUCUCCAUCCCUCCCAGCAGCCAGGAGGUGAUGCCGGGUGGCAGCGUGAACCUGACGUGCGUCGCCGUGGGCGCACCCAUGCCCUAUGUGAAGUGGAUGCUGGGUGCCGAGGAACUCACCAAGGAGGACGAGAUGCCAGUCGGCCGCAAUGUGCUGGAGCUCAGCAACGUCGUGCGCUCCGCCAACUACACCUGCGUGGCCAUCUCCUCGCUGGGCAUGAUUGAAGCGACGGCCCAGGUCACAGUGAAAGCUCUGCCUAAGCCUCCAAUCGACCUUGCGGUGACAGAGACGACAGCCACCAGCGUCACCCUGACCUGGGACUCUGGGAACUCAGAGCCUGUGUCCUACUACGGCAUCCAGUACCGUGCAGCGGGCACGGAGGGCCCCUUCCAGGAGGUGGACGGAGUGGCCACCACCCGCUACAGCAUCGGCGGCCUCAGCCCCUUCUCAGAGUACGCCUUCCGCGUGCUGGCGGUGAACAGCAUUGGGCGAGGGCCACCCAGCGAGGCGGUGCGGGCGCGCACGGGCGAGCAGGCACCCUCCAGCCCGCCACGCCGUGUACAAGCGCGCAUGCUCAGCGCCAGCACCAUGCUGGUGCAGUGGGAGCCGCCCGAGGAGCCCAACGGCCUGGUGCGGGGCUACCGUGUCUACUACACCCCAGACUCGCGCCGCCCCCUGAGUGCCUGGCACAAGCACAACACAGACGCUGGGCUCCUCACCACCAUCGGCAGCCUGCUGCCUGGCAUCACCUACAGUCUGCGUGUGCUCGCCUUCACCGCCGUGGGCGACGGCCCGCCCAGCCCCACCAUCCAGGUCAAGACACAGCAGGGAGUGCCUGCCCAGCCCGCGGACUUCCAGGCUGAGGCGGAGUCAGACACAAGGAUCCAGCUCUCGUGGCUACUGCCCCCGCAGGAGCGGAUCAUCCAGUAUGAGCUGGUGUACUGGGCAGCAGAGGACGAAGGCCAGCAGCACAAGGUGACCUUCGACCCCACCUCCUCCUACGCUCUAGAGGACCUGAAGCCUGACACACUGUAUCGCUUCCAGCUGGCUGCCCGCUCGAGCAUGGGGGUGGGCGUCUUCACUCCCGCCAUUGAGGCCCGCACAGCACAGUCCACCCCCUCCGCCCCUCCGCAGGAGGUGACGUGUGUGAGCGUGGGCUCCACCACAGUCCGGGUAAGUUGGGUUCCACCGCCAGCCGACAGCCGUAACGGCAUCAUCACCCAGUACUCGGUGGCCUACGAGGCGGUGGACGGCGAGGACCGCGGGCGGCAUGUGGUGGAUGGCAUCAGUCACGAGCACUCCAGCUGGGACCUGGUGGGCCUGGAGAAGUGGACGGAGUACCGGGUGUGGGUGCGGGCACACACAGAUGUGGGCCCUGGCCCAGAGAGCGCCCCGGUGCUGGUGCGCACCGACGAGGACGUGCCCAGUGGGCCCCCAAGGAAGGUGGAGGUGGAGCCGCUGAACUCCACUGCUGUGCACGUCUCCUGGAAGCUGCCCGUCCCCAGCAAGCAGCAUGGCCAGAUCCGCGGGUACCAGGUCACCUACGUGCGCCUAGAGAAUGGUGAGCCCCGUGGCCCACCCGUCAUCCAGGACGUCAUGCUGGCCGAGGCCCAGUGGCAGCCAGAGGAGUCCGAGGACUAUGAAACCACCAUCAGCGGCCUGACCCCCGAGACCACCUACUCCAUUACCGUCGCCGCCUACACCACCAAGGGGGACGGUGCCCGAAGCAAAUCCAAAAUCGUCACCACGACAGGGGCAGUCCCAGGCCGGCCCGCCAUGAUGGUCAGCACCACGGCCAUGAACACCGCCCUGCUGCAAUGGCACCCACCCAAGGAGCUGCCGGGCGAGCUGCUGGGCUACCGGCUGCAGUACCGCCGGGCUGACGAGGCCCGGCCCAACACCAUAGACUUUGGCAAGGAUGACCAACACUUUACGGUCACUGGCCUGCACAAGGGGGCCACCUACAUCUUUCGGCUGGCUGCCAGGAACCGGGCCGGCCUCGGCGAGGAGUUCGAGAAGGAGAUCACCACCCCCGAGGACGUGCCCAGCGGCUUCCCCCAAAGCCUGCGCGUGGUGGGGCUGACCACAUCCACCACUGAACUGGCCUGGGAGCCACCGGUGCUGGCAGAAAGGAACGGGCGCAUCACCAACUACACCGUGGUGUACCGUGACAUCAACAGCCAGCAGGAGCUGUACAGCAUCACCGCAGACACCCACCUUACGCUCUCCGGCCUGAAGCCAGACACCACGUACGACGUCAAGGUCCGCGCAUACACCAGCAAAGGCGCUGGCCCGCUCAGCCCCAGCAUCCAGUCCCGGACCGUGCCUGUGGAGCAAGUGUUUGCCAAGAACUUCCGCGUGGCGGCUGCAAUGAAGACAUCUGUGUUGCUCAGUUGGGAGGUCCCCGACUCCUACAAGUCUGCUGUACCUUUCAAGAUUCUCUACAAUGGGCAGAGCGUGGAGGUGGACGGGCACUCGAUGCGGAAGCUGAUCGCAGACCUGCAGCCGAACACAGAGUACUCGUUUGUGCUGAUGAACCGUGGCAGCAGCGCAGGGGGUCUGCAGCACCUCGUGUCCAUCCGCACGGCCCCCGACCUCCUGCCGCACAAGCCACUGCCCGCUUCAGCCUACAUUGAGAAUGGCCGCUUCACCCUCUCAAUGCCCCGCGUGCAGGACGCCUCUCUCGUCAGGUGGUUCUACGUGGUGGUGGUGCCCAUCGACCGUGUGGGUGGGAGCCUGCUGGCACCGCGAUGGAGCACACCCGAGGAGCUGGAGCUGGACGAGCUUCUGGAGGCCAUCGAGCAGGGUGGCGGGGAGCGGCGGCGGCGGCAGGCAGAGCAGCUGAAGCCAUAUGUGGCUGCUCAGGUGGACGUGCUCCCCGAGACCUUCACCCUAGGGGACAAGAAGAGCUACCGGGGCUUCUACAACCGGCCCCUGACUCCGGACCUGAGCUACCAAUGCUUUGUGCUUGCCUCCCUGAAAGAACCCGUGGACCAGAAGCGCUACGCCUCCAGCCCAUACUCGGAUGAGAUCGUGGUCCAGGUGACACCAGCCCAGCAGCAGGAGGAGCCUGAGAUGCUGUGGGUGACGGGCCCUGUCCUGGCAGUUAUCCUCAUCAUCCUCAUCGUCAUUGCCAUCCUCCUGUUCAAGAGGAAAAGGACCCACUCCCCGUCAUCGAAGGACGAGCAGUCCAUUGGGCUGAAGGACUCCUUGCUGGCCCACUCCUCCGACCCCGUGGAGAUGCGCAGGCUCAACUACCAGACCCCAGGUUCCAGUGCCCCCAGUUGCCCGAAUAUCUCAAGUAUGCGAGACCACCCGCCUAUCCCCAUCACUGACCUGGCAGACAACAUCGAGCGUCUCAAAGCCAACGAUGGCCUCAAGUUCUCCCAGGAGUAUGAGUCCAUUGACCCUGGACAGCAGUUCACAUGGGAGAAUUCAAACCUGGAGGUGAACAAGCCCAAGAAUCGCUAUGCAAAUGUCAUUGCCUACGACCACUCUCGGGUCAUCCUCACCUCCAUCGAUGGUGUCCCCGGGAGUGACUACAUCAAUGCCAACUACAUCGACGGCUACCGCAAGCAGAACGCCUACAUCGCCACACAGGGACCGCUGCCCGAGACCAUGGGCGAUUUUUGGCGGAUGGUGUGGGAGCAGCGAACAGCCACUGUGGUCAUGAUGACACGGCUGGAGGAGAAGUCCCGGGUAAAGUGUGAUCAGUACUGGCCAGCCCGUGGCACUGAGACCUAUGGCCUCAUUCAGGUGACCCUGCUGGACACAGUGGAGCUGGCCACGUACACCGUACGCACCUUCGCACUCCACAAGAGCGGCUCCAGUGAGAAGCGGGAGCUGCGUCAGUUCCAGUUCAUGGCCUGGCCAGACCAUGGAGUUCCUGAGUACCCGACCCCUAUCCUGGCCUUCCUACGGCGGGUCAAGGCCUGCAACCCGCUAGAUGCAGGGCCCAUGGUGGUGCACUGCAGCGCGGGCGUGGGCCGCACGGGCUGCUUCAUAGUUAUCGAUGCCAUGCUGGAGCGUAUGAAGCAUGAGAAGACCGUCGACAUCUACGGCCACGUGACGUGCAUGCGGUCGCAGCGGAACUACAUGGUGCAGACAGAGGACCAGUACGUGUUCAUCCACGAGGCGCUGCUGGAGGCCGCCACGUGUGGGCACACGGAGGUGCCCGCGCGCAACCUCUAUGCCCACAUCCAGAAGCUGGGCCAAGUGCCUCCUGGAGAGAGUGUUACCGCCAUGGAGCUCGAGUUCAAGUUGCUGGCCAGCUCCAAGGCCCACACGUCCCGCUUCAUCAGUGCCAACCUGCCCUGCAACAAGUUCAAGAACCGCCUGGUGAACAUCAUGCCUUAUGAGUUGACGCGUGUGGGUCUGCAGCCCAUCCGUGGGGUGGAGGGCUCUGACUACAUCAAUGCUAGCUUCCUGGAUGGCUAUAGACAGCAGAAGGCGUACAUAGCCACACAGGGGCCUCUGGCCGAGAGCACCGAGGACUUCUGGCGCAUGCUGUGGGAGCACAAUUCCACCAUCAUCGUCAUGCUGACCAAGCUUCGGGAGAUGGGCAGGGAGAAGUGCCACCAAUACUGGCCAGCGGAGCGCUCCGCCCGCUACCAAUACUUUGUUGUUGACCCGAUGGCUGAGUACAACAUGCCUCAGUAUAUCCUGCGUGAGUUCAAGGUCACAGAUGCCCGGGAUGGGCAGUCAAGGACCAUCCGGCAGUUCCAGUUCACGGACUGGCCAGAGCAAGGAGUGCCCAAGACGGGUGAGGGCUUCAUCGACUUCAUUGGGCAGGUGCACAAGACCAAGGAGCAGUUCGGGCAGGACGGGCCCAUCACGGUGCAUUGCAGCGCUGGCGUGGGCCGCACUGGGGUAUUCAUCACUCUGAGCAUCGUCCUGGAGCGGAUGCGCUAUGAGGGCGUGGUUGACAUGUUCCAGACCGUGAAGACCCUGCGCACACAGCGUCCCGCCAUGGUGCAGACAGAGGACCAGUACCAGCUGUGCUACCGUGCGGCCCUGGAGUACCUCGGUAGCUUUGACCACUAUGCAACGUAACUACCGCUCCCCUCUCCUCCGCCGCCCCCGCCGGGGGUUCCGGAGGGGACCCAGCUCCUCUGAGCCAUACCCACCAUCGUCCAGCCCUCCUCCAUGGAUGCCAUUGCUGGCAGAGCACAGCCCACUGGGAUCACAGCGUUUCAGGAACAUUGCCACACCAAACGCCAGCCCAAGCAGCCCUAGGCGAGUGGGCAGGCAGGCUGGUGGGCCGGCGGGCAGGCUGGCAUCGGGGUCUGUCUCUGUCCACCAGGCCCACCCGGAGCCUGCUGCGAGCUCUGUUUCGCUGCCGCGUUUCUCAUGCUUCUUCUCGUGGGGUGGGGGAUGGGGGCAAAGACCCCUUUUUUAUAUACAUCAAGUGGGGAGACCAAGGGAUUCUAGCUUCUUCCCUGAUUUUUCCUUUUGCAAAUCCUUAACUGCAGAACGGGCCACUGUGGGGCUGGGGUAUUCUUUUUCUUUCUCGAGUUCGUGUUGGGUCCCUUUUGUAUGACUUCUGCCGCUGAAGGCCAACACCUGCCUGCGUUCCUGUGGAGCGGGCGCCACUGGCCCGAGCGGAGGCUCACACGGGGGCCCAGGACAUGUCGCUGCUCCAGCUGCUUUUCCAGUUCUUCAGAGAAGAUGCUGUUUCACCCAAAUGCAGGGAAACAAAAUUUAUUUUAUUUUAUUUUACUUUGUUUUGUUUUUCCUUGGAGCCUUUUUUUAGACCCCACAGACGGUGGUGGGCAGGGAGGAGAUAGGAAACACACAUCCUCAGUUGUCUAUUCCAGUGUGUGUUUAACAUUCACAGCCCAGAACCAGACCCGUGUCUGGGGGAGCCUGGCAGGGCGUGCCUCAUCACCAUCGUGUUCGCAAAGGUUAAAAAAAUAAAAACAAAAAAACGAAACCAACAAAAAGAGAGAGAGAAGAAAGAGAGUAAUCCCCUGGCCUGUGCUUUAACCCCCUGCUUGGGGAGGAGGCUCCGUGCACUGGGGCUCCCGAGGGAGCCGCGGGGCUGACCUCUGGGCCUGCUGUGCCUUGCUUUUGGCCCCAGCAUCGCUGUCCUGCAUGGUGUUUGCAGGCUGUGGGGUCUGGCUCCAGGGCUAAGGCAGUUGGCACAGAUCAGGGUUGGUCCCUGCCCCGUGGACUUCGGGGCCAGUCAGGGGUGUGGCGGCCUUUCGGUCCAGGCCAGUGGGCCUGGGAGCACAUGUCUGUCCUCAGAGCAGGGACCAGAUGACGUCCCUCCCUGGUUUGCAGCAGUUUUCCAAGCUGCUGAGCAUCGCUCCUUCCACUCCUUCAAGAUGCCCUCGUAAACCAAUGUGGCGAGACUACUGGACUUCUCUUAAUGGUACUAUAAUCGAUCCUUAUUAUCUCGGCUUGCUGAGGGGCAGGGAGAGGGCCUCUUCCUCUGGGCAGCACUAUCUAGAUAGGUAAGUGGGGGCGGGAAGGGUGCAUAGCUGUGUAGCCGAGGGAUGUGAUACAGACAUCCCCAAGACUAGCUAGGCUCAGUCAAGAUCAACAAUCCAGGGUUGGUAAUGUUGGAUGAAACAUUCAUUUUUACCUUGUGGAUGCUAGUGCUGUAGAGUUCACUGUUGUACACAGUCUGUUUUCUAUUUGUUAAGAAAAACUACAGCAUCAUUGCAUAAUUCUUGAUGGUAAUAAAUUUGAAUAAUCAGAUUUCUUACAAA